AUGAAAUUAAUAAAAUUAUUAAAAUUAAAUAUUAAUAAUAAUAAUAAUAAUAAAUUAUUAUUAAAGAAUUUAUUAUUAUUAAUAAAUAAGAAUAGAUUAAUAAAUAAAUUAAGUAAUAAUAAUAAAUAUUUAAGUGAAUUAAAUAAUAAAGGUAAUAGUUUACAACAUUUAAAUAAUAUAAAUAAUUGAAAAUUACAGAAUUAUAAUUAUAAUAAAAAUAAUCUUAUUAAUAAUUAUAUUAAUAGUAAAUUAAUUAAUAAAUUAUUAUAUAAAUUAAUAUCAUUAAAAAAUAAUAAAAUUAUUAUUAGUAAACCAUUAUAUAAAAUUAAUAUAAAUGUAAUUAAUAUUAGAUUUUAUUAUUAUAAUAUAAAUAAUUAUAAUUAUAAUAAUAAUAUUUAUUAUAUUAAUAUAAUUAAUAAAUUAAUAAAUAGAUUAAAUAUUAAUAUAAAUAAUUUAAGUAAUAUUUUAAGUUAUUAUUAUAAUAAAAAAGUUAUUAUUGAACCUAUUAAAUUAAAAUAUUUAUAUAAUAAUAAUGAAAUUAUAACUAAAUAUAUUAGUUUAUUAGAUAAUAAUAAAUAUAAUAAUGGUUUAUUAAUAGAAUAUCAAAGACUAUUAAAUAAUAUUAUGCCUAAAUUAAAUGAUCAUAAUAUCUCUAUAAAUUAUAUUAAUAAUAUUAAUAAUAUUAAUAAAUUAAAAUAUAAUAAUAUUUUAUUAAAUAAUAAUAAUAAUAUUAAUAAUAUUUAUAAUAAUAUUAAUAUUAAUAAUAAUAUAAAUUUAUUAAUGUUUAAAUAUUUAAUUGGUUGAUCUAUUAUGUUAAAAGGUAGAUUAAAUAAAAAUAUUAGUAGAAUUAGUACUCUAUAUUUAAAUAAUGGUACUUUUAAUAAUAAAAAAUAUUUAUGAGGUAAUUUAAAUAAUAAUUUUAAAUUAAAUUAUAUUAAUAGUAAUAAUAAUAUCUAUAACUAUAAUAAUAUUAAUAAAAAUGGUAAAUAUAAUAUUAAAGUUAAAUUAAAUUAUAUUUAA